AUGCCUUCAAUACCCCCAUUGCAGGGCUCAUAUGGCCUAUUCAGCCUUGAACUGCAAGUCCAUGACACAGUGCGCGUUGGCAAUUGUCACAGCGCUCAAGUGGUUGAAGUCGAAGUCCUCACUGAAAACCCUCCAGUUGAUGGACUAUCCCAAGGCCAGCAUGUGGUUGCUAAGCUAUAUGAUCCGAUGUACAUCGAUGACAAUGAAUUCUAUGUCAAUCCGUUUCUAGUUGCUGAUAAAGGCUACACCUAUGAAACAGCAGCUUAUGGUGCUCUUUACGACCUCCAAGGUUCCCCAAUUCCUCGAUACCAUGGCUCUUAUUCUCUCGAUAUCGCCGAAAUCCACAUUGAGUUUGAGUCAUCGCUCUACGCCAGGGAUGUUGUUUUUGAGGAUCUCCGUCCAAGAAAUAUCAUGCUGGUCAACCUCAAGGAUGAACAAACACAUACCGUCUUCAUUGAUUUUGCACAUGUACGGUUUGAGCGGCUGGUAUAUGUCCCUGAGGGUCAAGAAGAGCCUGAGUACUGGCAAGGUACAUACAUCUUGCCUCUUUUGCGUUGGCAUGAAGUUCGAGGGCAGACCUACGGAUUCGAAGACUGGAUUGACUGGGACUGGCAACCAUGGCUUGAGGCGGACUUUGCGGAAACAGCUGCGACGAUUAAGCCGGGGAUGGUAGAGCUUUUUAUGCCAAAGACCUUUCUCAGGAAGAUGUAA